AUGCACCGCGGCAAAAAGGGCACUAACAAGUACCAGAGAGACAGAGGGGCCCCACAACACGCCUGGGACAUCGUGCUGAUCAUCUCCACGCUCGCUUACUUGCUCCACAUGUUGAAAAUGCUUCAACAAACUCUGCUGCUCGCGUCCCUCCUGGCGCUCGCCUCCGGUGCGGCUACGGCGGCGGGCGGCCGGGGGAAGUUCCGCCUCCAAGGCACCAUGAAGUGCACCUGGGUGGCUCGAGAGCGCAACCGAGACCAAGACAAGGUGAGGGUGUCGGUGAAGUGCGAGGACCCGGUGGCGCGCAUCCACGGCGGGGUGACCGACAUGGAGUGCGCCUACGAGGGGAGGCCGCAGAGCUGCCCGGCCUACCGCUCCGACCCCAAGAGCUUCUGGAAGCAGGUGGGGCGCUCCUUCAAGAGGCUGAAGGCGAGCGUGUGCCUGGAUGAGACGGCGCCGGUGAGGGCCAGCGCGUGCAAGCGAGCCCCCCGUGACGCUCACUUCAGGCUGGACAUCAGCAGCUCCGUCAGCGCCGCACAGUCCGGAGGGAUCGAUCUCCCGCCGGGCCCGACUCGCCCCGGCUCCGUGACGGCAGGCCCGCUCGGACCCACGCCCUGCCCCGAGACCCAGAGGCGGGCAGAGGAGUACUGCGGCAGCACCUGGGCCAACCUGUGCACCUUCUUCAUGUCUGUCCUGCAGAAGGACGCCUGUUAGGACACUCGCUGCUUGAUGAUGUUUCUCUGCUUGCUUUCUUGGAAACACACAGCAGUCUUUCUUUCCAAUAUGGAUUUGAUAUUUAAUACAGAGUAGAAUUUCUAUUGUACGUCAAAGUGUAUCAAUAAA